GCCUUUGCUGGCUAUACCUCUCUCUUCCCAUAUUUCAAAAUGGCCGCCACCGCAAACCUCGCCCCAAAAUUCCUCUGGGACCACGACGUCCCCAACACUCCAUUCUGGAGCGACAUCGAAUACACCACCGCGCGCAACUUCUUUCAAUGCUUCACCGAGGCCGACCUGCAGCGAUUCAAGUUCAACAAUGCGCUCUCAGUCGAGGAAAAGCUUGAUUGGCUCGAAAGGAUCCUCGAUGAAACUCUCGAGAUCCGCGAGUAUACGAGCAGACCGCAAUCACUUCACAGAGCCGACUAUCAAUUAUGGAUGAAGUUGAAACUAGCUCGAAGCUCCAUCGCGAAAAACCUCGAGAAGUGGGAAGAGCAAGAAAGGAUUGUGCGGGAGAUGUAUGCUAAUGGACCCUACGACCCCGUCUCCGGGGCUAAGACCAAGAACAUGAGCGCGUUGCUUAAUCUUUCCCAAAUCUUGGAACAUAACGGACUACAUCCCGAGGCCGAGUCUGCGGCGAGGGAGGUUCUGCCCUGGCUACAAGGACAUAAGAUGUUGGGGGCGGAUGCGCCGCAGGUACUGAGCUAUAUGCGCAUGAUUGCGAGGUCUACCGGAAAGCAGAGCCAGUGGUCGGAGUCAGAUAUAUGGGUGGGAAAGGUGAGGGAAUUGAUUCAUGGGAUGGGCGGAGGGAAGUUUGCGAAAUAUCAAGAUGAUGAGAGCAAAGGCUUGGAGGAGUUGAGGGAGGAGUUGAGGGUGUGGAAGAGUGAGCAUGGGAUUUAAGCGAUUCGACGGCAAGGAGAAUGAAUGUGGGAGGUAUGGACAUAUCUCUUCACUGAAGAAUAGGAGGAAUGGGUUUUCCUCAGCUCUUCUAGCUUUGGGUAUGUAGUUGAUGGUGUACUUCGUAGGUAUACAUAUCUGUAGAGCAUACAGCCUUCAAGCUUUGCUUUUCAACGCCGUAAUGAAUUC